AUGCUUCACGUGCUCAACACGUCCCUGCGUCGCGUGCGCAGCUUCCGCUCGACCUCGCCUUCUCGUACGACCUCGCCGCCGCCCGCCGACUCGCGCCGGCCCUACACCAAGCUGCGCCGCCGACUCGAGGCGACGCUCGCCGUCGACGCGCCCGAGUGGAGCGUCCUGACGGCGGCGUGGCUGGACGCGCUCGGCAGGGAGGAGGUCGGCGAGGUGCUGAGCUGGGCAAAGAGGGUCAAGGCGGUGCGGGAGAACACGGCGGAGCAGCAUCCACACGUGCCGCACUUCCUCGAGCACGCUCUCGCGAGAGCGACGGCCCGAAGCGCAAGCUCGAGCCACGAUCACGCAGCGCACGACGCCGACGCCGACGACGUCGACAUCCGCGCAGCCGAGUUCGCCGUCGACCACCUGCCGAACCGGCACCGUCAGCCGCACGUGCAGCGAGCGAUCGGGCACCGUGCGGCGCGCAUCUACGGCACGACGAAGGAGCGGUGGGAGGCCGGUCGAGGUCGGUGA